AUGUCACCUCCAUCAACGUCCAGUCUAGAGCAGCCAAUCCCAGUCCUGCUGCUCAAGACAAAAUCAAGUCCAACAGACGCAUACGAAGAACUCUUUUCAAGAGCAUCCAGCAGCAGCCCCUCCUUCGAGCCAACAUUCGUACCAGUCCUACAGCACCAAUUUGACGACGGCGGGGUAGACAAAGUUCGAACUCUACUCCGCCAGAAGCGCAUCGGCACGAGCCCGGACUGCGAAUUCGGUGGCAUCAUAUUCACUUCCCAAAGGGCAGUGGAGGCAUUUACGCACGUUGUGCGCGAAGACGAAGCAGCAAAAGACUCCCCCGAAUGGCCUCACCUGCAACACAUCCCCAUCUACAGCGUCGGCCCCGCCACCACCCGCGCCCUCUCCGCCGUCCCCCAACAGCCCCCCCUCCAAAUUUUCGGCAGCCACACGGGCAACGGCGAUGCCCUCGCGCACUUCAUCCUCGACCACUAUGCCGAGUGGCACCAUCACGCCUCCAGCCUGCCCCCGCUGCUCUUCCUCGUCGGCGAGCAGCGCAGAGACAUUAUCCCGCGCACCCUGAUGGAUCCUUCUCUACCGGACAACAAGCGGAUCACUGUCGUCGAGGAAGUCGUCUACGGCACUGGAGAGAUGGAGUCAUUCCCUCAGGACUUUGCGACAGUACUGGAGAGGACGCGAUCCAGCUCUUCUCGGUGGGUCAUUGUCUUCUCACCGACGGGCUGUGACAGCAUGCUCCGCGGCCUGGGCGUGCUGGAUGCCUCCACGGGGAAAUUCAUGCCCGGGCAGCGAGAUGAGCGGACGUUUGUAGCCACUAUUGGGCCUACGACUAGGAGCCACCUGGUUAAGAAAUUCGACUUUGAGCCUGAUGUCUGCGCUGAGACGCCCACACCAGCUGGGUUAUUGGAGGGAAUAGUGGCAUUCCGGGAGAAAACAUCAUGA